UGAGAACAUUUUUUUUUUUUUUUUCUAACUCUUUGUGACAGGGGAGAAGAGUCCCCCCUGCCGUGCUGUGAUUUGACUAUCCAAACAGUGGACAUCCAUCCUCCAGCGAGCUCCCGGGACAGCGGAGAUUAACCUCGCAGCCCUUCAGACUUAGAACAUCUGAAGCGUCUCUGCAGCCCCCGUAGAGAGCAGCAGCUUGACAUCUCUCCUCUCCUUUUAUGAGAACGAGGAGGAGACCAAUUUCCGGAUUCGCAGAGAAGAAGAGCGGGGAGACGGGACGCUCAUCUGGGUUUUUGGGGCUCCUUCAGAAGGUCAUUGAAUUGAAAAGAUCGGCUUUUUUCAGAACAUGAGCAGUUCCACGAUGAGGAGUGUGCACAUCUUCACCCUCCAUUUGACAGUCGCAGCUCUCCUGUGUCUCCGCACUGACGUUUUCUGCCUGGAGGUCACCCCCCGCGAGGGCCGGCUCGUCCUGGCCGAGGGCUCCUCUCUCACGCUCAAAUGCUCGGGCUCGGGGGAGACCACCUGGGCGUUCAAGAGGGACGACGUGCCUUACUUCCAGGUAGAACAUGCUUCGCGUAGCUACCAAGUCGUGCGAAACGGCGCCAAGUCCAGCGCGUUGAGCCUGUGGGACGUGAGCUGGAAGCACACGGGUGUGUACCAGUGCACGGAUGGACUCACUGGAGAAACCAAGGAGGUGCUCAUCUUUGUCCCAGACCCUCACAUUUGGUUCGUUGAGAGUGCCCACGGCAUGCUGACCAAGACCAGCGAAGAGACCACCAUCCCCUGCGUGGUCACCAACCCAGAGAUCAAUGUCACCCUCUACGAGAAGGAAACCGACCUCCCGGUCAGGGGGAUGUAUGUUCCCAGUGAGGGCUUCACUGCACCCCUGGAGGAUAGGACAUACCUGUGUCGAGGAGAGCUUAAUGGAGAAGUGAAAGAGUCACAAGCGUUCUACGUCUUCAGUAUCAUGGUCCCAGAGGCCAUCGACGCCUACAUCAACGCAUCAAAGACGGUGCUGAAGCAGGGCGAGCCGCUGACCGUCAACUGCACCGUGCACGGAGCCGAGCUGGUCUUUUUUUCCUGGGACGUCCCCAACAGGGAGGCUGCAGAUGUGGAGCCUCUAACAGAUGUCCUGUCAGCCAUGAGCAUGAGAUCCUGCCUCAUCUUCCCUCAUGCCACGCUGGCCCACAGCGGGAGAUACGUGUGCCAAGUCCACGAGGGGGUGGAGGACCAGACGGCCUCCGCCAGUGUCAACAUCACAGUGCUCGAGCGAGGCUUUGUGGCCAUAAGUCCAGCUGAGGAUCAGAAGGUCACGGCCUUGCUUCAGGAGAACGUGGAGCUGAGAGUGGAGAUGGACGCCUACCCUCCCCCCCGGGUCACCUGGCGCAAAGACGGCACCGCCAUCAAUGGAGACAAAACCAUCAUCAACAGGCGAGAGCAUGAGAUAAGGUAUGUCAGCAUCCUCACGUUAGUGCGAGUAAGGCCAGAGCAGAGGGGCCUCUACACCGCACACGUCACCAAUGGAGACGACGCUAAGGAGGUGACCUUUGACCUGGAAGUCCAAGUUCCUUCUCACAUUAAAGAUCUGACGGACCACCACCUUCCCGGGAAGAAACACCUGGUCACCUGUGUAGCUGAGGGGGUCCCGACCCCGUCCAUACAGUGGUACAGCUGCGACAGCAUGCUCAAGUGCAGCAACCAGACUGCAAUAUGGCAAACGCUGGUACCAGAAGCGGAGGUGCUGAGCAUCCAGACUAACGUCACGUACGGCGGCAACCGCAAAACCAGCCAGGUGUGGAGCCGCUUGACCUUCCACAAGCCGCAGCAGGUCACGGUGCGCUGCGAGACCAGCAACCUAGCCGGGACGGUGGACAGAAGGGACGUCAAACUGGUGUCCAGCACUCUCUUCUCCCAGGUGGCAGUGUUGGCCGCGGUUCUGGCCUUGGUGGUCAUCAUCAUCCUGUCCAUCAUCAUCCUCAUCGCCGUGUGGAGGAAGAAACCUCGCUAUGAGAUCCGAUGGAAGGUGAUCGAGUCCGUGAGCCAGGAUGGUCAUGAGUACAUUUAUGUAGACCCCAUCCACUUGCCCUAUGACCUCACCUGGGAAAUGCCCCGAGACAACCUGGUGCUGGGCCGCACUCUUGGAUCAGGAGCCUUUGGCAGAGUUGUUGAAGCAACAGCGUACGGUCUCGCUCAUUCACAGUCCAGCACCAAAGUGGCGGUGAAAAUGCUGAAAUCGACGGCCAGGAGGAGUGAGACACAAGCGCUGAUGUCCGAGUUGAAGAUUAUGAGUCACCUGGGUCCUCACCUCAACAUUGUCAACCUGCUGGGAGCCUGCACCAAACAUGGUCCUCUGUACCUGGUGACCGAGUACUGUCGCUAUGGCGACUUGGUGGACUACCUGCACAGAAACAAGCACACGUUCUUGCAGUACUUUGCAGAGAAGAACCAAGACGGGGGCAGCCUGAUCUCCAGGGGAAGCAGCCCGCUCAGUCAAGGCAAAGGCUAUGUGUCCUUCGGAAGCGAGAGUGAUGGAGGCUACAUGGACAUGAGCAAAGACGAGCCCUCCAUCUACGUCCCCAUGCAGGAGCAGAGUGACAUCAUCAAGUACGCUGACAUCCAACCGUCGCCAUAUGAGUCCACCUACCAGCAGGACCUCUACCUGGAACAUGUCGGAGGCCGACUGGACCUGGUCAUCAGUGAUUCGUCCACUCUCACCUAUGACGACCUGCUGGGUUUUAGCUACCAAGUGGCCAUGGGGAUGGAGUUCCUGGCGUCUAAGAAUUGUGUUCAUCGGGACCUCGCCGCCAGAAAUGUGUUGAUCUGUGAGGGCAAACUGGUGAAGAUCUGCGACUUUGGACUGGCCAGAGACAUCAUGCACGAUUCCAACUACAUCUCGAAAGGCAGCACUUUCCUGCCCAUCAAGUGGAUGGCACCCGAAAGUAUUUUCCACAAUCUGUACACAACUUUGAGUGACGUGUGGUCCUAUGGCAUCCUUCUCUGGGAGAUUUUCACGCUGGGAGGAACCCCCUACCCGGACCUGCCCAUGAAUGAGAUGUUCUACAGCGCCUUAAAGAGAGGCUACAGGAUGUCCAAACCUGCACACGCCUCUGACGACGUCUAUGAGGUCAUGAAGAAAUGCUGGGAUGAAAAGUUUGAGAAGAGACCCGAAUUCUCCUUCCUUGUCCACCGUAUGGGCAGCAUGCUGACUGAGAGCUAUAAAAAGAGAUACGGCCAAGUCAAUGACAACUUCCUGAAGAGUGACCACCCGGCUGUGGCCCGCACUAAGCCCCGUCUCGCCUCCCCCUUCAUGGACUCCAACCCGGCAUUCGGCGCCCCCUGCCCCGUCGCUGUCUCGUUCCCUGUUGACUCAGGCACGGGGGGAUCGCAGGAAGUCAUCCCUUCAUACAACGACUACAUCAUCCCCAUCCCGGACCCCAAGCCCGAAGACCCCUUCCCCGACAUGGAGUCAGAAAGCCCAGCGAGCUCUGUGGCUCUGGAGCUGGAGGAGACUGACUCCUUGUCCCAGGACACGGCUGACACGCUUCCAGAAGAGGAGCGGCUGGAGAGGAGCAGCGAGAGAGACGCUCUGCUGGGUUCGUCGGGGACGCCUGAGGUAGAAGACAGCUUUCUGUAGUCACAUUUAUCAACCCGGGGAAAACCUAAACCUUUUACUGGGACUUUUCCCUUCCAACUGAACACGCUGUAAAAAAAAAAAAAAGGGAAAAAAAGAAGAAGCUUUGCAUUUUCACUAAGCAUUCCAGAAGUUGUCCUGUAUAUAAAUAUCAAUAUAUAGUUUUUUUCUCACACUUAAUGCCUCUAAACGUCCAUCAAUAAUCAGCAUGAUGGUGUCACUAUUAGACGGUACAUUCCUCACCAUAUAUCCUGUCAUUAAUGAGGUCUUUUAUAGAACUUACAAACCCCGUUUCCAUGUGAGUUGGGAAAUGGUGUU